CUUCCUGUCACCUUUACGUACCUACCAACCUAGGAGGAAUCAGUUGCCUGCAUCCAUUUCUCACCUGGGUGUGCAUCAAUAUCUCAACCGUUUUCUGUAUCACCCUGCCACGCUGUAUUCUUGUGCUCAUCACUUAUCUCGACGCCGUAUCGUUAACCUUUUCCUCCCACAGCCGAACUCAACCUUAUACCAGUGAUCUAUUCGCCAACCUCUUAGCUGACAUUUGCUCACGUCCGCCUGCUAUAUCAGCGGCUCUGUCGCUUCCCGAUGGCACCCAGCUCCCCUAGUUUUCUUGAUCGAUUCUCGCCCACACGUCAGCAAAACCCCAUUCUUCCGUUACACACGCCUCACAGCCGACGCGCCGAUGACUACGACCUCGACGACCUUUCCCCGAGACCCGAUGAAACUCCGUUGCUGCCAGAAUCGCCACACCCGCCCAUCACCAUGUCCAAACGACACUCUCCCUCUCCUACACAUCCAUGGGACGAUGGCCCCUUCAGCCCAGAAGGCUCCGUCUCCAAGUUGAAGCCCAAGGCCUUGUUUGCAGGUCCGCCUCCUCCUAUAGCUGCCUCCGUGUUGCUAAAGCCGUCUGCCUCGCAGAGCAGGCGCGGUACUCGGGCGCGAACAACAGAUACCAGUUAUAGCACCAAGGCGAUGGCGGCCGGCCGGGUUACGCUUGGGAGCAUUUUGUUCGACCGCGGGUCUCACGAUUCAAGCGCAUCUCGCGUGGACUCGGUUUGGCGCAGCUUGCAACAUCGAGAACGGUCUCUUCAGAAGGAAGUCCAACUCUUGCUUGACAUGCAGGCCACCGGGUUGGUCUCGGGCAGUGAAUAUAUCGACUCCAGCGCUGGGGGUCCUGAAACAUGGAGCGAUUCCGGCAGUAGCACCCCAACAGGCACGUUUUACUCCACAGCAACUUCCAAAUCACGAAUGAUGGCAUCCCUAGACGUGCCAGCGCGCGCCACCUCUCGAGGCGACAUCAUACCUGUGCGACAGCCCAAGGCUCCAGGGCCGCAAGGUCUCCGUGCCGCCCGUAGCGGGCUGCGACGGGCGUUGGCGGCUCUAGCCGAUCUCAAAGCCGAGGAGAACGAAUACAUCGAGUCGUCCCUCUUCCAGAGGAACAGGGCCCUUGCAUACCUGGAUCAAUUGGAUACUCGCAAGACUAGCAUUUCGGCCGAACUCCACGGUUUGGCAGACGACGAAGAGGAGCCUCUGGCAAAGGAGCUCCGGGGCCUUAAGGAGCAACACAACGCCAUCGCCCGGGAUAUCCGCGAGUUGGAGGAGAAGUUGGUUGGCAUGCGGAACCGUCAACGGUGGCUCGAGCGAACAAUGGAAGAUGUCCGUAAUCGCCGAGAGGCUGGUCUAAGCGGCUACAGGGGCGCUUUGAAAGAGGUUGAAGGAGAAGUUGAAUCCCUCCUGCGCCGGCCUCCCAUCGAGCCACUGGAUCUAGGAAUUAUUGAAGCCGUCUCACGCAGCGAAUCUGGAAAAGCUAAUGGCACUAAGGACCCCCCUGGAGGAGUCGAGUUCUUCCGUAUGAUACCAGCGCGGCGUACUUUGGCCAUGGCAAAGGACUGGUGGGAAAGCGAGGUAGACUUUUUGCAGAAGCGUAAGGCGCAGGUCGACAAGGAUCACGAUGCGCUCGACAAAGGUAUGGAGCUAUGGCGGGAAACGAUCAAGCUUGUCACCGAAUUUGAAGCCGAUUUGCGCCGGACAUUGAGCGGCGGCGGCGGCGGUCCCGCAACCGUGGGCAAGCAACCUCAGGUAGCACGGCAAGAAGGCGUACAGGCGCUGCUACCGCGGAUGGGAAAGGUUAUUCUGGAACUGAGGGAACAUUUGAGGACUGCCGAGCGUAAGAGCUGGAAUCUCUUGAUUUGUGCCAUUGGGGCCGAGCUCGAGGCUUUCCAAGAAGCCCAGAGUCUGCUUCGAGCGAGUCUGCCACAGCCCCAGGCAGCGGCUUCUAUAGAAGAUGUCGAAGAACCCUGGCACAACAGUGAUGGUGAACCGCAUUCGACGGCACAAGCGGAGCCUGGUGGCACAAGCAUGGUGGAGAGCCAUCACGACGAGAGUGACAAUGAGGUUCCUGCCGAUUUGCUAGUGUCGCGGCUGGAAGAGCAAAAGGAUGGUCACUCCCAUGUCGGGUAUCUACAAACCUCAUCGUCGAGACGGGACAGCUACAAUGAGGUGCCGCCAGAGUUCUUGGCGGAGCACAACGAGCACUUCGUCGCAUAGACUGACUAGCC